AUGGGCUCCCUGGGGCGCUGCCUGGCGCGGGGGCUGCUGCGGGGUCAGCCCGGCAUCCGCCUCCCCUUCGGGCCGCCGCGCUGCUACGGCUCCGCCCCCCCGGAGCUGCGGGAGCAGACGCUGGUGUUGGUGAAGCCAGACGCAGUGCAGCGGCGGUUGGUGGGCGAUGUCAUCGGGCGCUUCGAGCGGCGCGGCUUCAAGCUGGUGGCCAUGAAGCUGCUGCAGGUACCGGCACUGCAAGAGAGGGGUGGGGGUGUGCAUGGACCCCCAUCUCCUGGGUGUCCCUGCAUCACUUUAUGGUGCUGUCAGGCGGAUCGGGGCCUCCUGGACCGUCACUACCAGCACCUAAAGCAGAAGCCCUUCUACCCCGCUCUCCUAGCCUACAUGACAUCGGGGCCGCUGGUGGCCAUGGUGUGGGAGGGCUACAACGUGGUGCGCUCCACGCGUGCCAUGGUGGGGGACACGGAUUCAGCACAGGCAGCGGCAGGGACCAUCCGGGGGGACCUCAGCAUGCACGUCAGCAGGAACGUGGUGCAUGCCAGCGACUCGGUGGAGACGGCGUCGCGGGAGAUUGGCUUCUGGUUUCAACAGAAUGAGCUGGUGGCCUGGGAGAGCGGAGAUAGCCAGUACACCUAUGGGCCAUGAGGGCACUGAGACCCCCGUGCUAUUAAACACUGCACCUCCUCUGCUGCCCUGCUCCUGUCCCUCGCCAGCGCUGGGGUGUGAACCGGGGGGACUGGGAGGCAGCAGGAGGUGCUGGGGGACGCUGGGAUGUCACUGAUGGGCAAUGGUCAGCGUUGGGAUGUCAAUGAGGAGAAACUGGGGUGGUGGUGAGACGCGCUGGGAUGUCACUGGGAAGUACUGGAGGCACUGGGAUGUCACUGGAGGACAACGGACAGCACCGAGGUGUUACUGGGCUGACAAUGGGAAGCACUGGGAUGUAACCAAGAAGUGCUGGAUGUCACUGGGGGUACUGGAAUGGUAUGGAGUGGGAACUGAAUGGCGCUGAAUCCUCACUGUGGAAGCACUGGGAUGUGCUGGAGAUGCUGGGAAGCACAGAAAUGUCACCGGGGGCACUGCGAGGCUACUGGUGAGAUCCAAGAGGCACUAAGAAAUGCUGGAGGUGCUGGGAUACCCACUGAGAAGCACUGGGUGUCACUGGGGGCAGUGGGAUGUCACUGAGAUGGCAGUGGGUUAUCGCAUGGCAUCACCGGAGUGGAACUGGGAGACAGUGGGAGGUCAUGGGGGGCACUGGCACUGGGAAGGGCAGCAGAGAGCAGUGGGACGUCACUGGGACACACUGAAAUGUCACCAAGAAGUGCGGGAUGUCACUGGGAGGCACUGGUGUAUCAUGGAGUUGCAACGCACAGCUCUGGGGUGUCACGGAGAAGUGCUGGGGGGGACACUGGGAAGCACGGUGAUGUCACUGGGGCUGCUGGGAGGGCACUGGGAAACUCUGGGAGGCACCAGUAAGUGCUGGGGGGCACUGGAGGGCAAUGGGACGUCACUGGGAUGGUACUGAUAAGUGCUGGACGCCAUCGGGAGCCACUGGGCGACACGGGGAUGUCUUUUGGGGGCGCUGGGAUGUCGCUGGGUGGCACUGAGAUGUCACGUGGGCUCACUGGGACGGAACUGGGAGGCACUGGGACGUCCUUGGGGGCAGCGUGGGGGCACGGGGAGACCCCUGAGUGACCUGGCAUUGCGGUGGGGGAACUGGGAGGCACGGCGGGCAGGACGAGAUGCCCGGUCCGCCGCUGGG